AUCAGAGAAGCCUCAGCUAUGAGUAACACGUCACUCUAGUGAAGCGCAGAAGCCGGCUGACAGGGAGUUAUCCCUUCAUCGUCGUCUUUCCAGCCCGUUCAUCUCUCUGUUUUUUCCUACAAAUGCUGUAAUUUUUUGUUGACACGACAGACCGCUUUGCUCCACACCAGUCCGCAGCCUAACCCCAUAUCAAAGCACGGUGAUGGCAACCUACCAGGAGUUCAUCCAACAGAAUGAGGACAGGGAUGGAGUCAGGUUCAGCUGGAACCUCUGGCCCUCCAGCCGCCUGGAGGCUACCAGGCUAGUGGUCCCAGUCUCCUGCCUCUUUACACCUCUCAAGGAGAGGCCGGACCUGCCUCCAGUCCAGUAUGAACCAGUUCUGUGCAGCCGGGCUAACUGCAAGGCAGUUCUCAACCCACUUUGUCAAGUUGACUUCAGAGCCAAAAUAUGGGCGUGCAACUUCUGCUUCCAGAGAAACCCCUUCCCUCCCUCUUAUGCAGGCAUUUCAGACGUGAACCAGCCCGCUGAACUCAUGCCACAGUUUUCUACCAUUGAGUACAUAGUACAGCGUGGACCCUCAGCCCCUCUCAUCUUCCUGUAUGUGGUGGACACAUGUCUGGAAGAAGAGGACCUACAGGCCCUGAAAGAGUCCCUGCAGAUGUCCCUCAGCCUGCUGCCACCCAACGCCCUGGUGGGCCUCAUCACAUUCGGACGAAUGGUGCAGGUUCACGAGCUCAGCUGUGAGGGGAUCGCCAAGAGCUACGUGUUCAGGGGGACCAAGGACCUGACCGCCAAACAGAUUCAGGAGAUGCUGGGUUUAACAAAGCCAGCAGCAGCAGGACAACAAGGUCGCCCGCCUGCACCUCAGGAUAGUGCAGCCUCUUGCAAGUUCUUGCAGCCCGUGCACAGAGUGGACAUGAAUCUAACUGACUUGCUCGGGGAGCUCCAGAGAGACCCAUGGCCCGUCCCUCAAGGCAAAAGACCCCUGCGCUCCACCGGUGUUGCUCUAUCGGUCGCCGUUGGUCUGCUGGAGGGUACGUACCCCAACACAGGGGCCCGUGUGAUGCUGUUCAUCGGAGGCCCCCCAACCCAGGGCCCGGGCAUGGUGGUGGGAGAUGAGCUGAAAACCCCCAUCCGCUCGUGGCAUGACAUCCAGAAAGACAAUGCUCGCCAUUUGAAGAAAGCCACCAAGUUCCAUGAAGCCAUGGCAAACCGCUCUGCAGCGAACGGACACUGUAUCGAUAUCUACGCCUGUGCUCUGGACCAGACCGGACUGCUUGAGAUGAAAUGUCUAUCCAAUCUCACUGGGGGCCACAUUGUGAUGGGAGACUCCUUUAAUACCUCACUGUUCAAGCAGACCUUCCAGAGGGUCUUCAGCAAAGACUACAAUGGAGACUUCCGCAUGGCUUUUGGAGGCGUCCUAGAAGUCAAAACUUCAAGAGAGGUGAAGGUUUGCGGGGCGAUCGGGCCAUGUGUUUCACUCAACUCCAAGGGUCCCUGCGUUUCAGAGAAUGAGAUGGGUGUUGGUGGCACAAGCCAGUGGAAGCUGUGCAGUCUGAACCCGUCCACCACUCUGGGCAUGUUCUUUGAAGUGGUGAAUCAGCACAAUGCACCAGUCCCCCAGGGAGGUCGAGGUGUGAUCCAGUUUGUAACCCAGUACCAGCACUCCAACACACAGAGGAGGAUACGUGUCUCUACCGUCGCCAGGAACUGGGCAGAUGCACAGACCCAAAUCCAGCACAUCGAGUCAUCGUUCGACCAGGAAGCGGCUGCCGUUCUGAUGGCUCGUCUCGGGGUCUUCAGAGCAGAGUCGGAGGAGGGGCCAGAUGUCCUCCGUUGGCUUGACAGACAGCUGAUCCGCCUGUGUCAGAAGUUUGGACAGUUCAAUAAAGAUGAUCCCACAUCCUUCAAACUGUCGGAGUCUCUGUCCCUCUACCCACAGUUCAUGUUCCACCUGCGGCGGUCGCCCUUCCUGCAGGUGUUCAACAACAGUCCAGAUGAGUCUUCGUAUUACAGGCACCACUUUGUCAGGCAGGACCUGACUCAGUCCCUGAUCAUGAUCCAGCCCAUCCUCUACUCCUACUCCUUCCAUGGACCACCAGAGCCCGUCCUCCUGGACAGCAGCAGCAUCCUGCCAGAUCGAAUCCUGCUGAUGGACACUUUCUUCCAGCUGGUUAUUUACCAUGGAGAGACCAUUGCACAGUGGCGAAAGGCAGGCUACCAGGAAAUGGCCGAGUACGAGAACUUCAAACAGCUUCUGCUGGCCCCUCUGGAUGACGCCCAAGAGAUCCUGCAGACACGCUUCCCCAUGCCACGCUACGUCGACACAGAACACGGAGGCUCACAGGCUCGCUUCCUGCUCUCAAAAGUCAACCCAUCACAGACCCACAACAACCUCUACACCUGGGGACAGGAGACUGGAGCACCGAUCCUCACUGAUGACGUCAGCUUGCAGGUCUUCAUGGACCACUUGAAGAAACUGGCCGUUUCCAGCUCUGCGUAAAAAAGGAAGAAGGAGUGAUGCAACAUUCCCAUCCUCAUAUCGGGAUCCAUUAACAUUUCCCUUGUUGUUGUUUUUUGUGUUGUGAAGGAGCCAAACCCAGAGAUUCUACUGUGUUUUAUGGUUAUUGAUUUCCUCCCUCUCCGAAGUCGUAUGUGAAAUUCCACGCUGCAGACAGAACAGAGGAGGGGUAAAUCAUACAGUCUUGAAAGCAAGUCACAUCUGCAGUCCUUUCCAAUAACUUAUUUGUGAGACAUUGGUCCAAAACCACGCUGUCCUUAUGUAAGCAAUAUCUAAUAAUCUAUAGCUCUUUUAUAUUUGAUAUCACCUGUGACAUGCAGAAUGAUUGGACUAAUAAUUUAAGAUUUUGUGUCUUUUUGUUUGUCUUUAAAUAUGUAUGUUUUACAGUAGACUUGGUUGAAGAUGCUGUUUGAUAUGACACUUAUAUGUGUUCGCUCUGUCUUUACCUAAAGAAUAGCAUGUGUAGAAUUUUCUCAUUAAUAAAUUAUGAUGGUACCUCUAAUGUGGGUUAAGAAAUGUUCAAACAGCCAUCCGGUCUUCACACUGAUGGCUCGUUUAUCACAAUUUAACGGGCAGUGGCUUGUUGUGAUAAAAUCCUUUGUGGAUUAUACUUGAAGUGUUUUCCAAGAAAAUGCUGUCUGGAUAGUAAGGAUUAAUGUUCUGAUGGAUGGGAGUCAAUCCCAUCAACACAACUGACUCCUUUCAAUGACGAACGUUACGAUUUAUUUUUAACUCGGACUUUGUUCACUGCCUAUAGUGUAGUCCCCUCAUCUCAUCUCAUUCACCAUCUGGUCAUCGACACCCAGUGACUGCCCAAGUGUCUUUGUAAUCAAACUUUACUACACUGUAAAAAGAAAAAGGGACAGUUUUUUGGUUUAGAUCCUGUCUGGAUUCUUCAUGCUAACAUAUAUAAAAUCCUGUCAACAGAA